CAUUUUGAUCUCUCUCUACAACAUCUGUGAAAAACCUAACUUGCGCCCAAAAGUUUUAGAUUCUUGAAAAACAAAUUAGGGUUGAUAACUUUUGAUCCAUGGGCUUACUUGAUCAUCUGUGGGAUGACACCGUCGCUGGUCCUCGGCCAGAGAAUGGCCUUGGCAAGCUUCGGAAACACCAUACCUUCAGUUUCCGGCCUAGCUCCGGCAAUGAUCAAUCGGACGGUGGAAGCGUGAGAUCGUACGGUGAGGAUUCGCCGGAAGAAGCCGUGAAAGUAACACGCAGCAUCAUGAUAGUAAAACCACCAGGGUACCAAGGCGGUUCAGCUCCGGUUUCGCCGGCCGGUUCAACCCCGCCAGUGUCUCCUUUCUCUGGGACCCUUUGGGAAUGUAAACGGAGCAAACGCAGGAGGAAAGGAACCCUUUCGGUUUAGGAGAAGGUCGACGUCGGAUGCGUUCGAUAAGGCAGCAGGAUCAGAGAGUGGACCAAGGAGCUCUCCUCCUACUUACGGCGUGUGAUCUCUAACCCAACAAUGUUGUCCCAAAAGAGAAAGCAGAAGAAGCAGAGUACGUACCCUGAGACGCUGUCGUUUUGUCACUCAAGUGGUCGUUGCAGAAAUUCGUGUUCUUUUUUUUUUUUUUUUGUAGGCCAAAUUAAAGAGGUUUUCUUUUGUGUGUGUGCGUGUAAGAGUUUGUUUGUGUGUUUUGUGAUUAUGUCUCUGUUUUCUUUUUCUUUUUCUUUUUUGUAUGUCAUAUCGUUUUCGCAAUGCUUCUACGCUUUUGUACAUUUUUUGCUGCAAUGAUAAUAAAAAUAUGUAGAUGCUUAACAU